UUUCAACAUACGUGAUAUGCUCCGCCUCAGGCUUUAAAAUUAAAAUUAUAUCGUAUUCAGCUUUUAUUUAUUCACGGAACAUAAAGUGAGUUACGGAGUAGACAUGACUUUGAGGAAACUAACGACAAAAUUCAAUGACUGGAUUAAUCAAGGAAUGUUCGUGAAGUAUAGGAAGAAAUGUAGGCCGGGAUUAGAAAUAGAAAACCGCAUGAAAACCGAAGCUGUUUUUGUUACUGUUACAAAUGAAAAAUUAGAUACAAUAGAAAUAACGGAUGAUAAUUGUAAUGGAUUUUUAAAGGUUUUUCCGAUGAACAGAACCGGCUUUCCUACGCCUGGUAAUCAAUUUGUCUAUGCCACUGUUCGUCAAACUCACAAAAUAAUAUGGGAGAAUUACAAACUACGUUGGAACAGCUUAAUAGUAAUCCAAGAAGAUGGUAAUGCUCGAGCAGAAAUCAAACGUUCAUCUAUUGAAGGAAUAAUUCAAUUAAUUUUGAUCGUGGCAUGUGCGAGAAAAGGAAGGAAACUAUUACAGAAAAUAUCCGAAUUAAUAUGGCUUAUUUUGAUAUUUUUGAAGGAUGAAAAGGAAAAAACUGCUCAGGGCGGAAGAGAACCUGAGUUGAAAGAAAAAGACCAGACAGUGGAAAGAAAUCGGAAGGAGAAGGAUAUGAAUUGCAUGGAACAGAUAAUAAAACUUUUCUCCCUUUUUAUAGGAUGUGGAAAGGGAUGGACAGACAUAUGGCAGAAAGGAGGUGAAGGCGGACAGGAAGAGUCAGGACAGAGCGUGGACAUGGACCAGAAAGGGAAGAAAGUUGAAAAGGGAAAUGUGAAAGGGGGCAGAAAAGGGGAUGUGGAUGAAUAAGAAUAAAAGGAAGGUGGGCGACGGUUGGUUUAAUAAAACUGAACAGUAAGCAGGGUAAAUGUGAAGGCGAAAACAUGGAUACUUUUAGACUCACAACAAGUGACCUUUCUCCUGUCAGAUGAACCUCAUGAAAAUGAAAAUUAAGUACAAGUAACCAGUUCAUGAGUGAAUACAUACAGAUUCAUUUAUAGUUAUUUUAUUUUCACUAUUCUAAUAUGCUUACUUAAUCCGACACUAUUGAUAGUAUUGCAAAAAAAUGAAUUCAUCAAAAUGUUCAAUUCAACCUAUGUUCAACGCAUUUAUGAUAUGUGAUUUUCUUUCUUGUGAAACUGUUUCCUGCGUAAGUCUCGAGUGGUACUUGGUAACACAAGAACUGGCUGAAAGAAGAACAAAGUGUUAGUUUGAUUACGAUAAAUGUCACGGUUUUGAACGUUUACAACGGUUCGUAUGACUGAAGUGAGUUUAUCAGUUUGAGAGUUUGUAAUUAUUAUUUAGAAGGAAUAAUAAAGACGGCCAUCAAAAAGAUCUAAGCAUAACAAAUAUUUUGGUGCAUCCGACUUUGAAAAAAGAUUUUAUUUUCUUUUACCGAAUUUAUCUACAGAAACAGAUACGCACAUUAAAAUGUCGUUUUCAUCUUUAAAUUAAAUGUUUUCAUACAGUAUCAGUUAAGUAGUCGAGUAUUAUUGUCAUGCUCCUGUAUGCGAGAGCAUACCAGUAUCGGAUUUAGAGAUCUAUGAAACUUUGAUGCAUCGUAUAUGGGCAACGGACCAAUAUUGCGUUCCGUUGAUCAUACGAUUACAAUAAAAUUGAAUACAAGAUUAGCA